AGUCAUAAUGGUUUCAGUUAGACCAUGAAAUGGUGCAGGUAUGGUAUGUACGCAGGAGGCUAUUAUUGCCCGGAUAUUAUGUACAUGAACUCCGCAAACAAAUCAGUAUACUCGGCAAACAAAAAAUAUGUCAAGUGUGAAACAUACUAUCCAGGAUUCCGGGUGUCUUUUGACUUUCAUGGCUUGAAAUUUUCAUAAAAAUAGUCCGGUGUGUUUUGGAAGUAGCGCCUGCAUGAGCACAGUCAGUUACUGGUAGUUAGCCGUAAAGUACUGUGACACGUGAUAUGGUAAUUAUAAGGCCUCAGUUCCCCGUUAGUUCCGCUGGCAGCAAAAUGAUAAUAAACAAGGAUCAUUUCCGUCGAUUCCUUCCUCCGAGUCAAACUUUGGACGAUACCCCUUUUGACUGAUAAAUCAAAUAUGUCGUUGUAUGGAUGUUGACUGCUAGCGCUAGCUCCCUGAUCACAUUGCUGAUCAGCAACCAUUUGAGAAACCGGGUUCUGGAGGAACCGAUCGAUGCACAUGGUCUAUCCUUAACGCAUCAUGAUCAUUGGACAUUCUUUUAGGAUUGGCAAAUAUAUUUGAUUAAGCUAGUGACAAGAACGCACACGAACAGCGCAGUCUCCGUUUCAUUUCAUUUAAUUUAAUUUAAUUUCAUUUAUUUCGAAACGGUACACGUACAUCAGCCAAAAGGCUGUUCUUCAGAACGUCCGUCCGUCCGUCACAUCGCUUUGGCUAUAGUACAGGCACUUGUAUUUUCCUUACCAAUUCGUCAGCUUCAAGGUAUACAGAUCUCAUUUUUCAAGUUCGGAGACUCUUUGAUUCUUGACCAAGUCUAAGAAAGUGAGGGUGACUCCAUAUGGUUCAAGCAUGGUUCGUCUUCAUUUUACAACACGACUUGUGAUUCUUUGGUUUGGUACCUGUUGGUUUGGUCUUGGUGUUCACGCCUUGGUGGGGUGCCUGCACGAAGGUGACGAUGAGGUCAAUGGCCUUUCUUUUCUGCAUGAGACCUCGCCCCUCGUGUUCUCGACGGAGUGCGAGUAUCGCGUUCUCCAAUGCAGGAGCAUCAACUUCUGCAGGAUCCGGUGGUUCUUUAACGGGAUCCCCUACGAUUCAUGGAGCCUGGGAGAGGAGUCCGACACGAAGUAUCGUCUGGAAGAUCACAACCAAACCAUCAGGUUUCAUUCUACGGAUGUUGACGCAGAAGGAACGUUUACCUGCGUGGUAUCCAACGGCUUGAGGAAUAUCACCCGAAGCAUCGAUCUUAAAGUCCAAGAGGGUAUAUGGCUCAACAUGCCCACCCCGUACCAGUCAUCCAGUCUAGUGUGUAAGAACCAGACAGCUCUCCUCGGUGGGACCGCGUCUUUCUUCUGCCAGUUCAGGUACCGAAGCCCCGGAGCCUUCCUCCAGCACAGUUGGAGAAAGUUUAACGACACCAUCCAGGGUUACGAGUUAGUGGACUUCUAUAACGCGCCUGGUACGGAGUUCUCGGAGGGAAGCAGCAAAGACGAUGAAAUCACCACCCAAAGGAAGAAGUGUCCCGGGAAGCCUCCUAAAAUUUUGUCUACAUGGUUAAACAUCACGAAUGUGACUGAAGAGGCAUUAGGAAUGUACCAAGUACGAUGUCGGAUUGCACAAUUCGUAACCAAAGUCAACCUAACACUCUCGCUUGCAACUACGGAAGAGCCUCUUGUUGUCACAAAUACUUCUACCGUAGUGAUCUUGGUUGUGACAAUGAUCAUCGUCGUACUCCUUUUCAUGUUGUCAUGGAAACGAUAUGGCACAGACAUCAAACUUCUGUUUCAUGACCAACACGCCAAACAAGAAACAGAAGAAAUUGAUGACAAACUCUACGACGCUUACAUCGUUUCGUGCUAUGAGGGCGAGGAUAGGUCCUUUGUUGAGAACAUUCUUUGUCCCAGUUUGACGGAUCACUAUAAGCUAUACAUCCAUGAGAGAGAUAAAUUAUUUGGUUCUGUUGAAAGCGAGGAAAUAAUUGAAGCAAUGACGAAAAGCCGGCGAUGUAUCGUGGUAUUAUCUGCUGAUUUCUACACGCAAUCAUCGACCUCGUCAUCGCAAUUGACAUCGGCAAGUAAUCCAUCAUCAUCAACGUCGCCAUCAUCUUCAGUGAAACUGUCAGAUGACAGUAUUCCAGAAAAUCAGUGGCAUUUAUUUGAACUCCAUUACGCAUUGGACACCAUGCACCCACACCUCAUCCCCCUCCUCUACCGAGACUCAGGACCGACUUCCUUGUCGAACACCGAUUCGAACGCAGAGCUGAUCAAUCACGUCCUCAGUGAUGUCGAAUGCAUAAAAUGGAAGCAAAAAGGAAAGACUCGUCUGGAUGAUUGGGCGAUGAAGCAGUUGCGACUUCGACUACCGCCGCGUCGACGAGGAAGCGAAUUCUCUCGUGGACAAUCGUUACGUAUUACAAUGCCAUCGUCGUCGUCACCGAUGACGUGUCCAUCACCUUUAGACACUCGUUGUACUGUAAAUUUAAACCCACAUGAUCUGAGAUUAGCAGGGACAGAGACGUCAUGCCGUGACGAAAAAGAAUCUCCUAGUUCGUCCGGGCAUAAUCAAUCAUCUCAAAGGUCACAACUAUCCUCCAUGCCAUCGACGACGUCUCCGUCAUCAUCGUCCUCGCCAAUGUCCUUAUCAUCCUCAUCCGGUUUUGAAUCGUGCCCAGCCAGCUCCCUAUCACAUCGCAGUCCUACUUCAAAAUCAUCGCUGUCUUCACGCAAAUCGUCCCAAUCUUCCUCGCCUGCACAUUCUUCUACCCACUCGAUCCAUGAGUUCGAGCCUGAAAAUCUGAACUCGUUCCAAGAGUAUAGAUCGAAUCCCAACAGAUUCAACUCUUCUCUUUCUGUCUUCAAAUUCUUACCAAGAUCAAAAAAGGAACCUUACUUGAUUGAUAACGAAACAAAACCAGGUUACAUCUAGUAUAAUUAUGUGAACUGUUAAAAGAAAACACAACAAGUAUCCAAAUUGGACAAAUCUACUUGAUAUUUCUUUUAAUCAGCUAUGCUUGUAUAAAAUGAAAUAUUGCUUAGAGUGGUGUUACAGAAUUGAUCGUACUUCGUUUUUAUACUCAAUCAGUUUAUCCCAUUAUUAAGGGAGUUAGAAAACUGGUAAUGCAACACGCUAAAAAUGAAAGGUUAAAUAAGCAAGAAAGUAUUGAGGAGUGAAAACCUUUUUCGAAUUUUGCAUUUUACCCCUUUAAAUAGUUAGAUCUUCCGUUAAAUCUGUUCGUUUCAACUUUAUCCUAUCAAAGGUUGGAUAUGAAAUUAGGAAACGAAUGUCACUCAUCCAAUCUUUCAACUGUUGAAUGAACAAUAUAAUUUGAAAAGUGACAAGCCAAUGUAAAUAUUGUCUUAUAACUUCAAAGAUGUUAUGCUGGGUAAUUAGCAUGUUAUAACUACGACUGUAAGAUUGUUUAAUGAAUAUUUCCAUUACAUAAAAUGUCUUUACCUCAAUUUUAAUUGUAAUGACCUUUUCGUUUAGAAUUUAAUGUUUAUAAUUUAAUUAUUUUGAUUAUAUUUCUAUUUUCAGAUGUUUAUUUUGAAGAAUAAAAUACGUUUUUUUAUUUUUAUAAAUUAUAUUUGUAAUGAAGAAGAACAUACUUAAAUUCUGAUAUCAAAUGAAUUCAUCUUAGCCUCAAAUGGUGCACUAAAAGCCUCGAUUGUAAGUAUUACAAAAAUAAUACUUGAUUGUCUAGAUCGUUGCUAUAUCGUUAACUCAACUUAAUAGUCUAUUGUUUAUGAUGGUGUAUGUACAAAUAGAUUAUAAUGAUGUAAAAUAAAAUGCAGCUCUUUCUGAGAGUGUCUUGGUUAAAUAUACAACUAAAUUGCCGUUUCGAAAGAUGUGGAAACUACAAAAUAUACACGACUUUGCCGUCUAUACUGGCAUAUUUAGUAUUCGUGCUUUCGCAAACACGGGAAACACAUGAUCUUACCGGCGAAUUGCCAUUUGACAUUGCGCCAAGUGGACAAAUGCCAGCAGGGGUCCGUUGCAGAAAGAGUUGCGUUUAAACGCAAGUCAAAAAAUCAAUCGCAAGUCCCAAAUGCGCGCUGUUAAUUGGUUGAAAAUCAAGUUGCGCGUGAUUUUUAGAGUUGCGAUUGAUUGCAACUCUUUCUGCAACGGGCCCCUGGUCUAACAGCCAAAUGCAUCAUCAUCGUUAUCAUUAUACUUUAAUUAUCAUUAUUAACAUACUUAGCUCUAUUAUAUAUUUUUCAAAAAUUAUUUCCAUUUAAAGCAAUAAUAAGCAAAAUAUGCAGAUACAUAAUUGUGUCGAAUAUCUUACUGUAUCAGAAUUUGCGAAAAAAAAUUACAAUCAACUCUUAUCAUCAU